AGUCCGGCUGACUGCCAUACGCGUGUGUUCGCAUCCCUCCACCUGGACUGUGUUCUGCGCAUGUGCGGACGUGACCGUCACGCUAUGCCAAUCGAACUCGGGGCCCCACGCUCGCCAGGCAGCGCCGUGCCGCUGAGAUACAUGCCCGGCCCCUUCUUCCGUGUAACUCCUACGGUCCUCAGCUCUGUGCUCCACACCCCGCACCCGCUUCCAGGAAACCUCACUGCACGUCCCCAGCCGGGCCAGGCGCCUCCCCUGAGCGCCCUCGUGCCCUGCGCCCUCUGUGGCUCUCAGCACACCCCACUCCCGCUGUCUCCGCUGCCUCCUCACACACGGCAAGCUGCAAAGUACUUAAAAUGGCUCCGACAGCGUCACCAGAAGGCGCAUGCGUGGUAGAGGAAGCAGCAGGUCUCACAGGGUGGAAAUACGUCUCCUCCUUCCCGGUCCCGCCCCACUUCCGGCGGAACCAGCCUCAACAAGGGAAACUUUAUUGUUCCCGUUGAGGCAGCGACGAUGUCGGUGAACUACGCAGCGGGGCUGUCGCCCUAUGCGGAUAAGGGCAAGUGUGGCCUCCCCGAGAUCUUUGACCCCCCGGAGGAGCUGGAUCAGAAGGUGUGGGAGCUGGCCAGGCUGGUCUGGCAGUCAUCCAAUGUGGUGUUCCACACAGGCGCUGGCAUCAGUACUGCCUCAGGCAUCCCUGACUUCAGGGGCCCGCACGGCGUGUGGACCAUGGAGGAGCGGGGCCUGGCGCCCAACUUCGACACGACCUUCGAGAGCGCGCGGCCCACACGCACGCACAUGGCGCUGGUGCAGCUGGAGCGCGUGGGGCUGCUGCGCUUCCUCGUCAGCCAGAACGUGGACGGGCUGCACGUGCGCUCCGGCUUCCCCAGGGACAAACUGGCGGAGCUGCAUGGGAACAUGUUCGUAGAAGAAUGUGCCAAGUGUAAGAUGCAGUAUGUCCGGGACACAGUCGUGGGGACCAUGGGCCUCAAGGCCACUGGCCGGUUCUGCACAGUGGCCAAGGCACGGGGACUGCGGGCUUGCCGCGGGGAGCUGAGAGACACCAUCUUGGACUGGGAAGACGCCCUGCCUGAGCGGGACCUGGCUCUCGCCGAUGAGGCCAGCAGGAACGCGGACUUGUCCAUCACCCUGGGCACCUCCCUGCAGAUCCGGCCCAGCGGGAACCUGCCCCUGGCCACCAAGCGCCGAGGCGGCCGCCUGGUCAUCGUGAACCUGCAGCCCACCAAGCACGACCGCCAGGCCGACCUGCGCAUCCACGGCUACGUGGACGAUGUGAUGGCCAGGCUCAUGGGACACCUGGGGCUGGACAUCCCCACCUGGCACGGGCCCCGUGUGCUAGAGCAGGCACUGCCCCCGCUGCCCCGGCCGCCUGCGCCCAAGCUUAAGGCCAAAGACGACAGUGACGAAGACUCCACGGCCCACCUCAAUGGCUAUGUGCCCGCCUGGCCCAAGCCCGAGCCAUGCAGCCCCAAAAUGGAGCGGCCCGACAGCCCGGCCCCUCCCCGGCCCCCCAAAAGGCUGAAGGCUGAGGCAGUGCCCAGCUGACCAGUGGGCUGGGGAGGGCGGGGAGUUUUCUAGGAACUGCGCGUGUUUUGUAACGGUGUCUCUUUGGUACUUGGCUUCGUCCCCCGGGCCCUCAGGAUGCUGAGAGCUGGGCGUUCUCCCCCACGUGUGGCUCCUCUGGCUCUGGGACAUCCGGUGGGGCCAGGAAGCAGCCACCCCCAAGGCUGCCAGCCCAGGUGUCCGCUGGCCGGGGCCCCAGCCUCUGACUCAGGGUGCGCCGGGCAGGGUGGCCGGGCCCUCCCGUUUUCCGGCCUGCUCUGAAUGGGUUCCGCGUCCGCUGGGACCCCUUCCUUAUCUCUCGAUCUCCUCCAAGACACCUUCACGGACCCUGAGGAGGGGAACACGGGAGCCUGCACCGGCUUCCUGCCAGCUUCCCGGGCGCCACCAGGGCAAUAAAAGCAGAGCUCCUGUCCUGCA